AUGUCCACGCCAGCUAGGAGAAGAUUGAUGAGAGACUUCAAAAGGUAAAUAAAUACAAUUUUUAUCUCGGGGAACUAGUAAAUAUUUGUAUUACAUACUGACACAAAAAAAUAUGAUAUUAGAUUACAGGAAGAUCCACCAACUGGUGUUAGUGGAGCACCGACAGACAAUAAUAUUAUGAUUUGGAAUGCUGUUAUAUUUGGGUAAAGCUAUAAUUUUGGUAUUUGUUAAACAACUAUUAUUUGUUUGUUUAAAUUGUGUUUAGGCCACAUGAUACACCAUUCGAAGACGGUACAUUUAAACUAACUAUUGAAUUCACUGAAGAAUAUCCAAAUAAAGCGCCUACAGUAAGAUUUGUGUCUAAAAUGUUUCAUCCAAAUGUAUAUGCCGAUGGUGGUAUAUGUCUAGAUAUAUUACAAAAUCGGUGGAGCCCUACAUAUGACGUAUCAGCAAUACUAACUUCAAUUCAAGUAUAUACAAAUUAUCUUUCUAUAUAAUACACUUAUUGUUUAAAAUACCUUAUUUUACCAUUAAUACUUUUAGUUUUAUAUUUCUUGCCCUAACUUAAUGAUUAUCAACAAUGGUUUUUAAUAAACAUAUUACUUGGCAAUAUGUUUUGCUUUUAAAAGUAACCUUUGAACAGGCACGCAACAGUACUUAAUGGCCAUUUUGGAAAAUUUGCAAAUUUUCGUUAAUACAUCCAUGUAGCUUAUUUGUUAUACUACUUAUUUAAACACAAGAAAGCACAGUCUGUAUAGUUUUAACAUCUUUGAGCAACAAGCAUUCAAAAGCUACAAAUACAGCUGUAAACAAUUGUGUUGUAAAAUAAUGAGAGGCAUCCUACCCACAUAUAAUAUCAAAAGGCGUGCCUGCCCAAAGGUUAAAUACUCAUGGAAUAUAAUUUUUUUUAGAUAGAUAUAUUUGGACAUACCAAAAGAGUAAAAUCAAAAUAUGGUAGUUAUACUUCUAAAGUCUUAUCUAUUUAUCAUUCAUCAGAAAUUAUUGUUUCAUGUAUUAUAAACACUUCAGGUAUUCCAUAAAUAUUAAAUUUGUUAAACUUUUAAUAUUAGCGUUAAUGUUUUUAUUACUCCAAAAUAGUAAAUCUUUAUAGUGCAAGGUAUAUAUAUUAGUUUAGUUUUUUUUACCCUUGAUGGAAUAGUUUCGUUUUAUUAUUUUAUAAGCAAUCAUAAUAUGAUGUAAUAUUAACUAAAGGUAUAGGUAUAUUUAGUGUUAAAUAUUUAAAUCUAUAAACUAUCUCACAAUCUCAUUACAGAUUUCUUUUUGAUCAUUUAUUCUGUGGCCUACUUCUAUCAGUAUCAUAUUUACCCUCCUUUUUAUCAGGUCAAGGUUAAUCCAUAGUCUUUAGAUAUUUUUAGUAACCAAAAGAGUUAACAAAAUUUUACCCAUUUAAUAUUGACUACUAUACAUAACUAUAUUUUUAAGUUUUACAUUUUGGUUACAUCAUUAUUCUAUAUAAUAAUAAAUCAAAAAAAUUUGAUUUACUCAUUUGUCAAAAUAUAUCUAUCCCCAAAAAAAGCAUUUAAUAAAUUAGAUAAUUUUUUCUUAUUAUUUUAACACUAAUUAUUUGUUUAUUAGUCUUUAUUAAGUGAUCCAAAUCCAAAUUCACCAGCCAAUUCAAUGGCCGCUCAGUUAUACAAGGAAAAUCGGCGUGAAUAUGAAAAAAGAGUGAAGGCAUGUGUAGAACAGAGUUUCAUAGAUUAA